UGACAAGUUGAGGGGCUGGCCGGAGACCACCAGUCCACGCUGGGGACAAAACUUCGUCGUUCGAGUCUCUGCCGCAGGAGGCUUCUGUGCAGCUGUGGUAGCUGCGCUCUGGUCCAUACCCUAAGUACCGAGGACACGUAUUUUGAUAAAUCCGAAUUUCAGGGUUUUGCUUCUAGAGGUGGAUGGAAAGGAGGAAAUUGAGCAAUUGCUCGACGUUUUGGUAGGGGCAAGGGUUUUGGAUUAUUGUUGGCGCCGUGGGUCGAGAAAGUUUCAAGAAAUAGGCGUCGGAAGGGACAUGUCCCCGUGAGAAUUCCGGAGGUUGCAAAGUUGCGCAGUGAAGGCAGAGGCUGGAAUUUGUGAGUGAGGCAAUAUGGCUGCUAGCAUGAUUGCAGCCGUUUGCUGGGUGCCUCGUGGAGCUGCGAAUCCGAUUCCGCUGAAGGCUGAACCUCCUGCUGACGAUGAAAUUGAAGCUCUGAAAAUUGCCCACGACUUGGAGGUUCAUAGAAGUUCCGAUGCAGAGGAUGAUCUCUUUGAAGACGAUGAUGAAGAUAUGGGUGCAGAUAAACUGCCUGACCCUGUAGCCCAGGCAAUUGCAGCUGCCCAAGCUCUCAGGGGCAGCGAAGGUCGUGCCAAAGGUGUUGAUAGCCUUGUAGACGACCUCGCAGAGUUGGAUAUGGAACACUAUGACGAUGAGGAUGAGGGCGAAGACGCAGGCAUUCAACUUUUCGGUAAUGGAGGACUGGGUGCUGCGUAUUAUGCUAGUAAUGCUGAGGAUCCGUACAUCGUAAACAAAGAAGAGGAUGAUGAAGAAGAUGAAAUAGAAGAUAUGACAAUCAAAGAAAGUGAUCUUGUCUUGUUAACUGCCCGAACAGAAGACGAUGUCAGCCAUUUGGAGGUUUGGGUUUACGAAAGUGGGGAGGUAGAUGAAGAUGGAGCUAGUAAUAUGUACGUCCAUCACGACAUCAUGUUACCGGCCUUUCCUUUAUCAUUAGCUUGGCUGGAUUGUGGACCUAUUGGCAAAGAAAAGGGAAACUUUGUGGCUAUUGGUACCAUGCAACCUGAGAUCGAAAUAUGGGAUCUUGAUAUCAUUGAUGAGGUCGAACCUGUAGCUGUCUUGGGGGGCCCUGUUAUCUCAAGAAUGGAAGAAGAGAUAAAAAAGAAAAAAUCAAAGAAGAAGAAAAAAGAAAAGAAAAUCAAGCUGAAAGAAGGUAGUCACACUGAUGCUGUUCUUGGUCUAGCAUGGAACCUAGAAUUCAGGAACGUUGUUGCUAGUGGAAGUGCUGAUAACUCUGUGAAGAUCUGGGAUGUUGUUACUCAAAAGUGCCAGCACACUGUUCAUUGUCACAAUGAUAAGGUGCAAGCAGUUGCUUGGAAUAAGAAACAGCCGACUGUUUUACUCAGUGGGUCAUUUGAUCGUACCGUGGCAAUGGUGGACGGACGAGCGCCCGAUCAAAACGCUAUAUGGUGGGGCGUUGGCUCGGAUGUGGAGAGUCUGGCAUGGGAUCCGCAUACAGAGCACACUUUUGUGGUGAGCUUGGAAGAUGGAACAGUUUGUGCACACGACAUAAGGAAUGUGGGAUCAGUUAGCAAGCCGGCUCCAGGCACCACUUCGAAGACUUUGUAUACGAUCCAUGCACAUGAGAAAGCCGUUUGUAGUGUUUCAUUCAACUCGGCUGCUCCCAAUCUAUUGGCAACAACUUCCACGGACAAGACGGUAAAGUUGUGGGAUCUAUCAGAUAACCAGCCCACAUGCAUUGGUUCUGUAAAUCCGAAAGUGGGAGCUAUUUUCUCAUCAGGAUUCUGCAACGACCUACCUUUUCUGUUGGCUGUUGGUGGUUCCAAAGGCAACUUGCAUGUUUGGAACACUCUUGAAGUCACAGAAGUUGCCAAUAGGUUUGGGUCGUUCGCUUCAGGAAUCAAUCACAAAAAAUGAGUCUUUGGGUUAAACUUUUGACCCUGUACAUCAUAGUGUUUUCAAGGCCUCAGCAACUGGCCUUCGGAUGAAGUAUGUAUUGAACCCCAUUGAGUUGUGAAUAUAAAUGGAUGAUAUGUAGUAGGCUACCUUUAGGAACUAAAGGGCACUCUCAUGCGGUUUGCAUCACUAUGACGCCCUUUAUAUUGUAGUAAGAGAUGAUAGGUAGAGCAAGCAAUGAGUAGGAUGGUCUUAUACAUUCAGUGAAGAUUUUGAUAAUUGGAGAUUUCAGGUUUAGGUUAGAUCGUUUGUGCAUUUAUGCUGGAAGUUAGUUCUCAGUGUAAUUUUGCAGUUUCAUUUUACUGCGAAGCCAGGGGAUAUUAAGAAGGUGCUUUUCCACAUGAGAUUUGAAUGAAAGGUGGAAUCCAGAAGAGUUGGUCUUCCACUCUCAAUUAUCUGAGAAGAAGUACUACUGUACUUGUGCCCGUAGUAGUGACUCUCUGUCCAAAGUCUUCUUGUACCGUGGCUGAAUAAUCCUCACAAAUUUGGCGACAAGAAAUGGCCUUCCGCUGUCCAGAACAGGUCACAUCUAGGGCAUCCGUUACCUACAUAUAUUGCUUUAAUCCUUAGUCAUGUAUCUGGGAUCAAGGUUCUCACCGUCCUCAUCCAACAUCCAACAUGUUGAAUGUAUUUGACGGUCAAGUGUUUUCCUCAUUGGUUUUGUUCUUACUUUGUAGGUACUGAUUCCAGUGCGUGUUCAGUGAGAGUUUUUUACUGAUGACUACUUAUGAUUACCAAGCAUCAUACAUUUGCAUUUAGUAUAGUGGGGCACUACCCAUGACUGCAUUCUAGGAAAAA